AGCCGUGCCCCAUGCCAACCCCCCCAUGCACGCUCGCGGUUGCUGCUAAAUUGGAUUCCUCAAAAUCUUAGAGUAGCUUCCAGCAAGCAUCCUGGGUCCCCGUCCAGGAUGCAGACACCAUGCUGGUCAACGUGAGCCGGAGGGGUCGCGCAAACGGUCGUCCUCAAUCUAAACUUGCAGGAAGCAGACAGAUGUAUAAGAUGCUCCUCAUCCGUCAUGUAAAUUCAUUUUUUCCCUAUCAAGCAUCAACAGCUCUCUCAUCUCCUUAUCCACACUCACUUUCUUCUCUUUAUCGUCUGAAAGGAGAUCAACAGGUUGCUCGUCCUUGAUAAUACCUUUUUUCCCAUCCAAAAUUCCAUAUAUUCUUCGACAGUUUCGAAAGUCUCUCGGCGUCUAAUUAUUUCGACCCUCCAAUUCUCUCAGACUCAAGCUCGAAUUUUACCUGUACCAUGCCUUCCGUACGCUCUGUUCUCGCCGGCCUCCUAGCCACUACCCUCUUCCAACUCUCUACGGCAUCACCGAUUCCAAUAGAAGAAGCAUCAGAUUGCUUGCCUAGCAAGCCUGUCGCAGUAACACCAACAAUUCCUCCCAGUGGCAACGUUCCAGACCUCCCAACCACCAACCUCACACUUUUAUACGUAGCCAUCGGUCGGGGAAUCCAAAACUACACAUGUACCGCAGCAGGCGCAACACCCUCAGCAGUUGGAGCAAUCGCAACCCUCUUCGAUGCUACCUCACUCGCAUUCACAGACGAGACAGCCGUCCACGCCAUCCCACCCGUAGCAGUCUACAUGCCUCAACCAACAUCCAGCCUCGCCCUCAAAGCCGGUGUCUUCAAUCCUAUCGGACACCACUACUUCGAUGCCGCUGGAACCCCAACUUUCGAUCUCACCGCUGUCGACAAGAUCCUCUUCGGAGGCAAGACUGGAGAUGUGAAGGCACCAACCACAGCGAAUGUAGGACCUGACGGAACUGGUGCUGUGGACUGGCUUCAGUUGACGAAGAAGUCAACUUAUACUAGUGUUGGCGUUCAGGUGGCUUACCGACUUGUUACUGCCGGUGGAAGUGCGCCAGCCACCUGCUCGAACUCAAGUCUUAUCACCGUGCCGUAUGCUGCCGAAUACUGGUUCUACAACUGAGAGAUUUAAAGCAUAUUUACGGAAGACAAAAAUUUCACUGUCCGGAAAAUGGGAAGGAAAUAAUAGGAAAUCAAAAGGGGAGAAGGGAAGGAGGUCUGUGCAUAGAAAGGGGGGUUCGUGUAUAUAUUUGAUUUGAGUCUUGCAGCACUCCAGCGCGCAAAGUUGUAUUACCGCCAUUUUGAUAGCAUUUACACCAGUUUUGAAUUCAUCAUUUACAUUCAC